AUGAUACUCACAUACCAGUUUAAAGCAGUCUUUCAACGUACCUUGUGUAUCAGCUCCCGUACGCAGCAUUUUCUAGCGAACGUUCCAUUGAAGAAACGUGGUGUGGACAAGGUGUCUGUGGACAGCCUCAAGGGAAAGAAAUUUUAUGAAGAACUAGGAGAAGCUGAGCGAUCGAAUGUGGAAGUGGUGUGGGUAUCACGCGACAAAGCAGCACAGGACCAGCUGGACUACUACGACAAAGCAAUGCCGUCCUGGUGCUAUAUACCUUUCGGUGAUCAUAACAUAGCAGAAUUCCUGGAGAAGUACAAUGUAAAAGUGAUCCCUGCUCUGAAACUAGUCAAUGAAAAAGGUGAUGUGCUUAGUGAAACCGUACGCGCAGAUGUUGAGGGAUGUGUGAAAGGCGAUGCGACAAAAUGCUAUAAAAAGUGGAAGGACAUGUACUAG